AUGUCGCCAUGGAAUGGGCGGCUGCGCUCUCACCACACGGCCCCUCGAAGUUUGCCCAAGAGGAGGCUCCCUUCCCAGACCAAGAACCCGGAGGAGAAACAGAAGCUCCAAACAUUGAAGAAGCCUCAAAGUUUGCCCAAGAGGAGGCUCCCUCCCCAGACCAAGAACUCGGAGGAGAAAGAGGAGCUCCAAACAUCGAAGAAGCAGGUUGCCCCCAAGAAGACAGCGAGAGGUCGCCACGCUGGAACUGCUGCACAGCAGCCGAGGGCACCAUUACGCCAGUUGUCGCGGCUCGCUGGAAGAGACCCUGAGCAUCCAAUUGUGAUAGACGAUGAUGAACAUAAAGCCAGGGCUGAUCAAUCAGCAAUUACGCCUCUUCGCAGAUCCCCACGAUUCCAUGUGGAAGAUAAGAGUUUGGGCAAGUCACUGUUGCCACCAAAUCGCCGGGAGACCUCUGCUAACAGAAAGACUAAAACAGCUCAUAGGAAAGACAAAAAUCAAGAGAGCCUGAAAAGGAAUAGGGGAAGUGCUGUAUUUCCUCCUAGGAAAGAUAUUUCAGAUGUAUCUAACAAAAAGAGUGACAAGCAAGAGUUAAAGCCCAAUCAUUGUAAAGUUCAGACAGGAAAGAGGAAGAGAGGAACAGAAAGGAGGGUGUCAUCGAAGAAGCAAAGUUGCCAGGACCCCGAACCAUUGCCUGCGUAUUGCCAAGAAAUUGCACCUCGCAAUGAACCCAGUAAAUCCACCCACAGAAGGAUUGAAAAGGACCCUUCUAUUGAGGCGAAGCUUAAAAUUGGUGAUGAGAGGCUGACAAACAUUGAUGAAAACAUCAACAAGCCAAGUGGGACUGAGAGAGAAGGAAUGGGAAAUUUUUGUGGUUCUGAUGAUUGGACAAAAGAGCAGGACAUGGCAUUGCGCAAAGCUUACUUCAGUGCCCGACCAUCCCCACAUUUCUGGAAGAAAGUUUCAAAAAUGUGCCUGGGAGAUCUGCUGAAGACUGCUUCAACAGAAUUUAUUCUGACCUCUCAACACCGACUCCAAUUGGCCCACGUCCCAGAACAAAAGAGUCUAGUAGCUCAGAAGACAGUGAAGCAUUUGUUGCAGAAGCAUUGCCGCAUUGACCAAGCUCAAGAGGCUGACCACUUCUCAAUUUUUGAAUGCUCACCAAGUGCCUUACAAUUGAACUUAUCUUUUGAAGAUUCUCCUGGGACUCCUGACAGUUGUAUGAAUUCAGCUUCUCUAGGCAAGCGCAGUGGAAGUUCUUCAGCACGAAAGAAAUCAUUUUCAAGGUUAAGAACUAAGCCAUCUGAACCGAGCCCAGCAGUUCUAAAGCCUAUAAAGAAUGUUAUCUUACAUGAGAAGUACAUUGAUCAAUUGGCACGUAGAAAAGGCACAAAAAGGCCUCGCAGAAGGACACCAGCAGGCUCUAAAGCUGCUGAUUCUGGGAAGUCUCUUUCUGAGCAGCAAGCUGGUAGUGUGAAGACUGCUAAAAAUGCUCUCAUCUCAGAAGCAACCGACUUCAUAAGCAGUUUUAAGACGCUGCAAGCCAAUUCCCUUGCGCAUGUUGUGGAGAAUAGUGAAGACGAGAUUGAAUGUGAUGCCAGUGAUUGUAGCCAUGAUGAUAAAGAAUAA